AUGACCAGCUAUCUAGUCCUACUAAUACUACUAAAUAUAGUCAUCUGCAGCCAUGAACCAGUAGCACCACCUCCUCCCAAUCUAGCCCCUCCCACCAUAGUCAUUGAUCUAGAUGAACCCCAACAUCUCACAGACAUCUCCUACCAUACCCUCGAAUCAUUCUCCCCCACCAAAUUCAUCAAAAUCAUAUCGAAAAAUCCCAAAUCAGUAAUAUCAAUCCUGUCCAAGCGCACCACCAUCGUUCCCUAUGACGACGUCCUAAUCAACCCCGACUCCCUAUCCAAACUCUCCUACCUCGAGAUCAAACACUCCAACACCACCCUCACGAGACUAAACCAUGCUAUACCACUCACACCCUGUUUAGACACAUUUUCAUUCAAUGGAAAAGGACAAGGAACGAUUAAACUCACCAAUCGAAUCCAAGUCCAGGCACAGGUCUCUUUGGGAAUUGGUGGAGAUAUUGGAUUGGGGACAUAUGUGAACCUAACUUCGAUUAGACUUUCUAUGGGGAGUAAAGUGCUGGAAAAAGUGGCGAAGGCGAGAUUGUUGGAUAUGACGGUUGCGUGUACCACUAGUGAGAAUUGGACUACUAGGAUAUUUACAUAUUUGCCAAUUAUCGAGACUGAUGUGUAUGCGAGGAGAUUGGUCUGGGAUAAGGAGACGGGGGAGGUUGAGUUUGAUGAGGAUGAGGAGGAUGAGGAUGAGGAGGAUGAGGAUGAUGGUGACGAGGAGGAAGGUGAAAUUCUGGGGAUGGUUCGGAUUGGGAGAAAGAGGAUGUUGAGUAAUGGGUUGGUGAAAACGCUUUGUAAGAGAGGAACAGAAAAAGAGAUGGGAUGUUAUAUGGAAGAUGAGAAGGUGUAUACUGAUGAAUAUGGGAAUCAAUUCAGUUGGUCAGAUGUUUAG